CAGUGGGGAGGAAGAGGAGACUUGGAUGGCCACUUAUGGGAGAGAUUACACAAGCCUCACCCUGUGACGAAGGAAAAAGUAGCUUGAAUCAAAGCACCACCACGCAAGGGAUCAGAAAUAGCUUUGAUCUCCUUGAGAAUCCAAGAAUAUCAGAGGUGGAAAAGCCCCACAGAUGUGUAUAUAGUGGGAAAAGCACAGAUUACCCAUCACAUCUGACUAUUCAUGAGAGGACCCACACUGGUGAGAAGCCCUAACAGUAUUCUCAAUGUGGCAAAGCUUUAGUGAGCAUGCUGGUGAAUCACAAGAGGACUCACACCGGGGAGAAACAGUAUGACUGUCCAGAUUGUGGGAAAACAUUCAGCCAAAAUUCCAGCCUGGUGAAACACCAGAGGACUCACACAGGAGAGAAGCCAUAUGAGUGUCCCAAUUGUGGGAAAAGAUUCAGUCAGAAUUCCAACCUGGUGAUACACCAGAGGACUCACACAGGAGAGAAACCAUAUGAGUGUCCAGAUUGUGGGAAAAGUUUCAGUUUGAAGUCCAACCUGGUGAUACACCAGAGGACUCACACAGGAGAGAAACCAUAUGAGUGUCCAGAUUGUGGCAAAAGUUUCAUUCGGAAUUUCAGCCUGGUGAAACACCAGAGAACUCACACAGGAGAAAAACCGUAUGAAUGUCCGGAUUGUGGGGAAAGUUUCAGUCAGAAUUCCCACCUGGUGAUACACCAGAGAACUCACACAGGAGAGAAACCGUAUGAGUGUCUGGAUUGUGGGAAAAGUUUUAGUCAGAACUCCAGCCUGGUGAUACACCAGAGGACUCACACAGGAGAGAAACCGUAUGAGUGUCCGGAUUGUGGGAAAAGUUUCAGUCGGAAUUCCAAACUGGUGAUACACCAGAGGACUCACACAGGAGAGAAACCGUAUGAGUGUCCAGAUUGUGGGAAAAGUUUCAGUCAGAAUUCUUCCUUGGUGGUACACCAGAGGACUCACACAGGAGAGAAACCGUACGAGUGUCUGGAUUGUGGGGAAAGUUUCAGUCAGAAUUCCUACCUGGUGAUACACCAGAGGACUCACACAGGAGAGAAACUGUAUGAGUGUCCAGAUUGUGGGAAAAGUUUCAGUCGGAAUUCCAACUUGGUGGUACACCAGAGGACUCACACAGGAGAGAAACCAUAUGAGUGUCCGGAUUGUGGGAAAAGUUUCAUUCGGAAUUCCCACCUGGUGAUACACCAGAGGACUCACACAGGAGAGAAACCGUAUGAGUGUCCGGAUUGUGGGAAAAGUUGCUUUUGGAAUUCCCAGCUGGUGAUACAUCAGAGGACUCACACAGGAGAGAAACCAUAUCAGUGUCCAGAGUGUGGGAGAAGUUUCAGUGAGAAUUCCAGCCUUUUGAAACACCAGAGAACUCACACAGGAGAGAAACCGUAUGAGUGUCCAGAUUGUGGGAAAAAUUUCAGUCGGAAUUCCUACCUGGUGAUACACCAGAGGACUCACACAGGAGAGAAACCGUAUGAGUGUCCGGAUUGUGGGAAAAGUUUUAGUACUAGGCCUAGCCUUAUAAAUCAUGUAGGUUUACACAUAGGAGAGAAACCAUUCAAAUGCCCAGACUGUGGACGGUGCUUCACGCAAAAUUCCUACCUUAACAGGCACAAGAAAAUGCACAUGAGGCAGGAGGUGAUGAGUGUAGCGAAGGCUUGAAUUUCAUUUCUCAUCUCCCAUUGGACAUCCAGCUGAAAAGUUCCGUAUUUCAUUUCUGGGCUGAUUCUUUUUAGUCAAACUUGUCUCAGUAUUAGAGAUGAGGUGG